AUGGACUCCAACUUCCUCAGGAACCUCGACUACUUUGCCGUCCCCAAUAAUCAGGCCACUAACCCCGCCGAACAAUCCGCCGAGUCAUCCGCCGAGUCAUCCGCUACAGGUGCCGCCAGAAAUGCACCCAAUAAGUCUCUUUGGGACUCCCUAGCGGGUGAUCAAGCAAACUCCGAGUCAGCGUCUAAUGGCCCUUCCACAUCGCUGCCAUCUUUUGCCCAGACAUCUCCCGGUAGCACGAACUUCGGCUUGGGCUCCAUGCCAGCUCAGAUGCAGUUCAGCCAUGGCCAACCCAGGAACAGCCUGCCGAACAGGCCUGCCCUGGGCCAGGACUCGCGGCGGAGAGAUGGCCAUGCGCGCAAGCGCAUCAAGGUCGAUUCUGAAGCUGCUGCGCUAGAGUCGGUCGACUACUGGAUCCAAUUCGAUGAUGACGAGGAACAGAAGCUUGGUGGUAGCUUUGAGAUUGACUUUUCGAGGCGUAGCAAUCCCACUCCUAACUACCGACUAAGACCAGCCGCAAACCGUCUGAAUCCAAUGUCUACGACACCUGGCCUGGGUACGGGAUUAUACACCAACCCUGUAUUUAAGCCAGAAGACUUUAUGGAUGACACCGCCCUCGAUAAUGCCCUGUCUGAUGAUGACGAUUUCUUCGAAUCGAUGAAUCUCGGCGAGCAACUUGGCAAGAUUGAUUCUCAACCACCCCAGGAGGUACCUCCCAGGGAGGGCCUAUACUCAACGCCCCUGAGUUGGGAAAAGCCAGCACCCGGGCUGAGGAUGAACCCUCUUUUCGGAAUGGGCGGCUUGGGUAGCAUGGGCGCGCCCAUGCUUGACCCUGAACAGCGACGGCUUCUGGCAAUAGCCCUCAAUACUGGUGGCCGAUUAUCAGCAACCGGUCUAGGUUCUGGUCUGGGCUUUGGUCUUGGAGCUGAUCUGGGACCCGAGUUUGCGAGCCUGGAAAACUUCGACGCGAACAUGGCUACAGGGAAUCUGAACGACACCAAAGGCCCCAAACAGUCGGCUCUUGAAAAAGGCAAACAAAAAGAAAAGGACACUGUAAAGGAGGAGGCUCAGCCGCAACGGCCGCAGGUAUCGCGAACCAACACCAAUGCUACUGGCACAUCUGAAAAGUCUAGAGACAAAUCGAAGACGGGCGACCGAACAGCACAUAAUGACAUUGAGAGGAAAUAUCGUACCAAUCUGAAAGACAGAAUUUCAGAGCUGCGCGACGCGGUCCCGUCACUCAGGUCAAUACCUGAGGAAGGGGGCGAAGAUGCCGAGGCAGAUGGCCAAUCGCGUGGCCCUAAAGUCAGCAAGGGUACUGUCCUCACGAAAGCCACAGAAUAUAUUCAUUACCUGGAAAGAAGGAAUAAGGCCAUUAUGCGCGAGCACCAGGAACUCGCGAGGCGCCUACAAGCCUUUGAGCAGCUCUUGAGCGCACAGGCGCGGCAACCUUUCCCAAUGCCGAACUAUAGCAGAACCCUCUUUGACCCAAGAGGCUUUUGUUGA